AUGUUGUGCCCUCCGACAUUUGAGCGCUGCUGUAUUUACAGUCAAUAUAAAUAUGUUAAGACCUUGAUUCUUUUCUCUUUCUUCCUUUUGUAUUUUUUGGUUUAUUUAUCUCGUACUUCUUUCUUUCUUUCUUUCUUUUUUUUCUUUCUUUCUUUCUUUCUUUCUUUCUUUCUUUCUUUCUUUCUUUCUUUCUUUGUCAGUGUUACCCAACAUUCUAUCUAUCUAUCUAUCUAUCUAUCUAUCUAUCUAUCUAUCUAUCUAUCUAUCUAUCUAUCUAUCUUUAAGCGAACUUAUGUACGACUUUGUGCCCGAGAAUUCAGUGGCGUUUGUCUUGUUUAUUUAUUAUUUCUGUUUGUUUCAUUAUUGGUUUCGCCGCAUUUUUUCUGUCGUAUUUUCUUAACGAAAAACAUUUUCUUUUCUUUUCUUUAUUUCUUUCUUUCUUCGUACUUUUUAUUGUUAGGAAUUAUUGUGUUUCACUUGAUAACAUUUUUCUUCUUCUUUUCCUUUUUAUUCUUUCCUUCUUUCUUUUCCUUCAUACUUUUUAUUGUUUAG